AUGGCUUCUGGUAUUUUUCUAGGUUUCUCUUGGUGUGAGGGAAAUAACCACUGAAUAAUUAACAUGUUGGAGCAUAACUUAUCUGGGUGACUCAACGUAUCAAAUUUUGACAAUUUACAGGAAUUCAGUCCAAAAUUUCUUCCAUUAGGGAUAUAUGGGAAACAGCUAUCUAUCUUAGUUGUUAUCUACUUUUAUGCCUUCUGACCCAUUCCACGAGAUUCAUUUCUCGUUCAUUUAUUUCGUCUUCAAAAGAUAGGUAAUUAAUAAAAUGAGAUUAUUAGUCUGGAAAAUCUGCUGCUGACCUCUUGUUUCUAAUCAUCACUUGGCAGUCGGUUGACUUGUGAAUCUGACGGGUGCGUUUUUGUCGAACGAUUUAAGUCUUCAUAUGGGUCUAAUAUUUGAGUAUCUACACCCAUUAUUCUUCAGAACUGCAUCCGCUGAUUCUCCUGGUUCAGUGCCAGUUAAUUUCUAUUAAAUGGAGUUUCUUUUUCACUCCACGUCCUGAAUCAAAUAUACAGUCCAACAAAUACAUGUCUUGUACUCCCUUUGUUCAAUGAUUCUUCAGUGAAGAUCAUGUAUGUUUAGGAUCUUUAUCCUGAGAUGAACAGCAAAUCAGCGCAUAUCUUCUCUCUCUUUCUCCCUUUCUACUGAUCUCACCACCCAGUUUCUGGUCUUCUGAUUAUUUCUUUUUAUGUAUAUUCCACAAUGAACUCUAUUCAUUUGAUAUGUUGCUUAACAUCCAACGGCAGAUGUACCACUCAUGCUUCGUCAACGAAGAUGGCGUCAAGAAAGCCUGUGGAUGCCCCCUCCUUCCUCUGAAAACCCACAUCAAGGGUCCUGCUCCGAGCGCUGACCAAGGUAAGGAGGUAAUAAAUGCGGUAAGGAGGGGCUCUUAUGACGACGGCUGUUCUUAUCUGCUCGUUGACUUUCAGAUUCCGUUGACAUUGUGGACGAAGCCAUCACCUUCUUCCGGGCGAACGUCUUCUUCAAAAACUUCGAUGUCCAGAGCUCAGGUGACAAGCUCCUUGUCUACCUGACCCUGUACAUCAACGUGGCCCUGAAGCGGCUCGAGGGCUGCCGAACCCUAGCCGAAGGCACCAAGGCCAUCAUCAACCUCGGGCUUGAGACCGUCCCUGUCCCUGGAGAACAGGGCUUCCCUUUCAGCGGCCUGUUCACUCCUCCUCAGUCCAAGAAAGAAGCAGGCACUCUCUCUCUCUCUUUCUCUCGCUAAACGGUGUCUGGUGUCUGUGGGUUGGAAGUGAUGGGGGGUCUUUUUUUUGUUGCAGAGUUAUUGAGGAAUUAUCUGAAGCAGAUCAGGGAGGAGACGAGCGGGAGGUUGCUGAGCUGCGCCUACAGACACAACGGCACGCCCAACAAAUGGUGGCUGGCCUUCGCGAAGAGGAGCUUCAUGGACAUGGCCAUCCCCCAGCCCCCUCGCUGA